AUGACAUCUCACAGUAAAAGUCCCGGCGGGGGAAAGGCAGCCGGUGGGUUCGGGUUCUCCGUCGCCGGCGACCGCAAGCGCAAGCGUUUGGCGGAGUACCCCUGCGUUUCGCGCCUUCGGCAGCGACGCCUCCUCCUCUUCCUCAUUAGCCACGAUUUCGUCCAAACCCACAAAGCAUUCGUGGGUGAGACGGCCGUACUCAUGAACGUGAUGCAUCUGCAACAUCUGGUGUCCCACGGCCAGUGGAGCGACGCCAUCGAGUACCUCUCUCGCUUCCUGCCGUCCGACCGUCCGCUGGGCGUCCACGGCCGCGCGCUCCUUCAUUUCCUCCGCGUGCACAAGGCCAUCGAUGACAUCGUCGCCGGGGCAAGGGAGUCCCUCUCCGUGGUCGCGGCCGUCACUAUGUGCUCGGACCGCUUCGUCACAAGCAACCCAGCCCUCACCAAGCUCCGCGCCAUCUUCUCCUCCCUAAUCCAGUCCAAGACACCCAGGGAUUCCGUCGACCUGGUGAGUGUGAGGCGCGAGGCGUCCUUGGUUAUACAUGAAUUGGUUUAUCGGACUCCAGAGCUUAAAGACUAUAUGCGCCCGUGCCACGGGUCAACGAAUCCUCAGAACGUACUUCCCCUCGGAUUUGGACAUGCUAGUUUCCGUCCGAGGCGCCACGUCAAGAAACAGGGCGGCCAGGUCCCGGCGUCUGUGGUUGCAGGGAUUUAUCUUCAGAAGAAGAAGAUGCUGCCUUCUUCGCCUUCAAGUGAUCACUCUCAGGGGUUUACUCGUGAAGCCUUAGUUAGAGCCAAGGAAUGGUUGGUGGACCUCGUUGAUAAAAGUGUGGAAGCCGGUAAGCCUUGUCAAAGGGAUCCAGUUCGAUCAGCAUGUACCCAAGGCGCUCCUGGCCCGCAGACUACUUCUUGUACUGUCCCAAGGCUGGGUGGAAAAUCUCGCACUAGACUAUUGACUGAUCUUGUUCUAUUAAGAGAGGCAAAGGAAUGGUUACUGUAUCUUACUGAGGAUCGUCUGGAAGCCUGGCCGGAUGCGAGUCAGCAGUAUAAACUUCAGUAUUCGAGUAAAUCAGGUGCUUUUGCUUCUCGACUCUCGAAGACUGUACCUAGCGCCUUCACAAUAUCUUCUGAAAGUUCAUCGAUCUUAUCAUAUACAGAAGUCCUGUCAGAAGCAGGCGUUGGUAAUCUUUCCAUCCAAUAAGGGAGGCUGUUACUGUCCGGGAGUCUAAAGCUGCUUCUUGGAUCAGUACAUGCAGACCAAAAAUAUUAUCUGUAGCAUGCAGGAGCCUAUCUUGUAGUAGAGCUUAUUUAGGUAGGGUUGUUGUUGCUGUUGAACCAGUGAGAAGAGAAAACAUGUACUCCCAGGAAAUAGGUAUCAGAGGUACUUCAGCCACAAUGAAAAUAUGCAUGUGAACACAAAUCCAACAGCGCAGAGUAGCAAAUCUGUUGGGCGGAC